AUCAACACAUGAAGGUCCGCCUUUUUGUUUCUAUUUUUGACUUGGUUUAUUAACGUACAUUCCCCCAAUUUUCUUUGUCGACCAACGGAGGGGCAAGGCUGGCAUUCCUCAACGAAAGGAAAAACGACACUCGAGUAUACCAUACGAACCCUUGCAUGAGGACGGACACAUUUUUGUUGAAUUGCACGCAUAGUCUGUGCUCCUCCUAACUGAAAAACCCGCCGUCCCCCCCUUCCCACCCCCACCCUUUUCGCCAUCCACACGUCCCAACAUUGUGUUCACUUUGAAAACGGUUGGACAUGCCGUUGGACGAUAAAUAUGUCGGCCUGAUACUGGCCCUGUCCUCUAGCGUCUUGAUUGGAACAAGUUUCAUUAUAACGAAAUUGGGAUUAUUGGACGCUGCGCGGACACAUGGCGGAAAUGCUGGAGACAGUUACAGCUACCUGCAGAAUUACAAAUGGUGGGCGGGGAUGGUGACAAUGGUAUUGGGUGAGAUUGCCAAUUUUGCCGCAUACACAUAUGCACCCGCCAUUUUGGUAACGCCUUUGGGUGCGGGAAGUGUGGUUGUCAGUGCGAUUUUGGCAUCGUUCUUCCUACAGGAAGAAUUAGGGAUGGAGGGGAAGGUCGGUGCUGCCUUGUGCAUCAUUGGUUCCGUCGUCAUCAUCCUUCAUGCGCCUGAAGAGAAGCACGUUGAGACUGUGGAUGAGAUUUUGAAUUACGCCUUGCAACCUGGCUUCCUUAUCUACUGUCUACUCGUCUCAGGCGUGUCAAUAUACCUCAUCUACAAAGUGGCACCAAAGUGGGGUAAAAAGAGCAUGAUCGUUUACAUCUCCAUAUGCUCCCUAGUCGGAUCAAUCUCCGUCAUGGCCUGUAAAGGAUUUGGUAUCGCUAUGCGAUUGACCUUGUCUGGGCAGAAUCAGCUGAUUUAUCCGUCCACAUAUGUUUUUGGAUUGACGGUCGUGGGAUGUGCAAUGGUUCAGAUGAAUUACUUCAAUAAGGCAUUGGAUCUGUUCUCAACAAAUAGAGUAACACCAAUUUAUUAUGUGUUCUUUAGCACAGCAACCAUCAUAGCAUCUGUGCUACUUUUCAAGGGCUUUAAUGACACCAGCGGUCGGGACGUUGUAUCCAUGUUUGCGGGUUUCCUCACCAUCUUUGUCGGAGUCUUCCAGCUCAACUCACACAAAUCACCCGCCGCCCAUGGAUCGCCAGACAAGUUUACCAAUGCCAGCCGACGAAAUUCCUUGUCAGCUGGAGGAGUAGCGACAUCGUUGGUCAAUGAGGCACAUUUGCUCAAGACCUUUGAUGAAGAGUCUGCGCCUUUGAGGGAAAUUGAUUCUGUGGGGGAUGGGGAUGAUUCGGAUUGAAGAAUACAUGUAGGGGAUAGAGAAGCGUUUCGAACAUUAGGAUAUUGCGACUUUGCCCGUAGGGCGUGGCUGGGAGGUUUCAUGACAACAUGCACCGCUUCGCCCUAGACAGCAACUUUUGUUCGAGGGCCCAUCGUUUUUGGACACCUCAUUUCUUUCUUUUUUUCUUGUACAUUUGCUAAUUCGAGAGUAUGAUUGUUCACGCAUGGGCGUUUAAGCUGGUAGUUUGUAUCAUUGUGCAAUAACACCAUCGCAUCUUUCC